GUUAUAAAGUUCACUCUCUAGCGAGUCGUCAGUUCAGUUAAUUUCCAUCCGCGUGACUAUUGCUGCCUGCAUAUUUGAAACUUUACAGUAAUCGGUAUACUUAAUAGUAUUUUUUAGUGAAAAUGGGGAUAACCGAACCGAGUCAAAACAUGAAUGCUUUUAUUUUGGCGGGAAUAACUGUUGUCUUGUGUGUAAUAAUACACUUUAUUUACAAUACCUUCAUCGGCAAUAAGAAAAGUGAAGUACAAAAUCAUGAAGCGGAGAACGUAACAGAAGCUUCACCCGAGAGUACAUCUAGGUCUACUGUUGCCGAAACUCGCGCCACUGGAAAGAGCAAGAAACGUGCACCAUGGAAAGGAAAGACAGACUUCAGCCACCCUUGGCUGUUAAAAAAUCUUAAAGGACAUCCCGGCACCGUUCUUCUAAUGGAUUUCUCUGCAAACGGGAAAUUCAUGGCCGCUACAUGUGAUGAUGGCUCGGUGAUGAUAUGGGACAUUCGAGAUCUGAAUGUCAAGGAACACAAGACACUCAGGGUGAAUAUUGAGUUUGACCACGCAUCUCACGUGGCCUGGAGUCCAGAUUCAAAAGCUUUCGUCGUACACACGGUGCGGGAGAAUAACAUCGUUGUGUACAAGAUUGAGAAGAAAAAAGAUGGAACCAUAGGAUCUGCAAACCCAGUUAUUACUUUCGAUAAGGCUCACGAAGAUGACGUAAUCGGUUUUGGUAUUUCCAGUAAUGGAAAAUUUUUGAUGUCCUGUUCCGCAAAAACGGAUAUGAUAAUUUGGGAUCUGAAAGGACAACAGUUGCAUCGGCUCGACACGUAUCUCAUGAGUACAUACACAGCUAAAAUAUCACCGUGCGGUCGUUUCGUAGUAGCAACAGGAUUUUCGCCAGACGUCAAAGUUAUGGAGGUCUGUUUCACACGGACCGGGGAAUUCAAACAGGUGUCGAAAGCUUACGAGCUGACAGGACACAAUUCCGGUGUGUAUGACGUCGCCUUCGCCGUAGACACUUCGCACAUUGCGACCAUAUCGAAGGACGGCACGUGGAAGCUGUAUCACACGAGAAUCGAUUACGUCCGCGGCGAGUCCCCGCAUGUCCUAGAAACGGGUAAAUACACACAGACCGCUAAUCCGCCGAAGAUAGCACUUUCACCCAACGCAGAGGUGCUGGCCGUGUCCUCGGACGCGAACGUCGAGUUCUACGACACCUACACCGGCGAGCUGUAUGACACCGUCGAGAAUUUAUACACAGGUUUGAUAAACUACAUGUGCUUCGACCCAGCGGGUAAAUAUCUGUUCGUGUGCGGAGAUAGAGCAGUCAGGAUUCUUCAUAAUGUAUGCGGGUACUACACGACCAUCAACAGUUGCACAAGGCUCCUCGGCUCCAAACAAACUUCCGCCACCGUGGAAAGGCUCAAUAACACGAUAAAAGACUGCAGGGCUACACUCGCUAAAUUUGGUAAGUAAGGUUUAACUUAAAUUGUAAUUGUCAUUAAAGUCUUACGACUAUCUGAAAAAAGUAAAUGUUUCGAACGAUUUUUUGAAUGAAUUUUCGAAAUUAAAUUUAAAAUCUUGAAUGUGUAGUGUUCAGUUGUAGUGAAACUCUUACGACUAUAUGAAAAAAGUAAAUGU